GAUCUACUUUAGCUCAAUUAAGGCUUCUAAUUCAUAAAACUAAAUCCCGCGGCAAAGUGCGGCCAAAAUUUCUAGUAUUUUCAGUGACUGUUCAUUUAACAGUAAAAUGCCGGUUCUGCCCUUGCUUUUUCCAUCGGUUUCUUCUUUCUUCUACGGACUGUUUCUUUUGCUCUCACUGCACUCCCUCUCCUCCCAUCUCAGCGAUUUCUGUUCGGUAUUCAUCUUGAGCCGACGUCUUCACUAGCGUGGUGCUUCAAUCGAUUUCUCAAGUUUUCAAUCUUAUUCGAGUGAGUUGUUGAUAGGUAUAAUUUGGCUCAGUCUCAAUUGGUGCUUGGAUAUGGUGUGAGGCUAGCCAAUUGGUGAUUGAAAGAGUAGGUCUACUGCUUGCCUUCUCAAUUUUGGUGGCUAAGAGGGAAGAGUGUUGGUUCAGGGAGAGCGAGUAGAAAGAAAGCCAUCCUUGACAGCCGCAGAGAGAGAGAGAGAGAGAGAGAGAUAUUCAAGAAGCGAAAAUCUGGGUUGCUCUUCUCAAUCAAAUUGUCAAGGCAUUAGAAACAUUCAAAGGCAGUAGGCAGUACAACCUCAUUAAAAUUGGGCACUUAUGCUCAAAAUAUGUGAUCCAUAUGGAGGAAUGUGUUAAAUGGUUAGAACAUGGAGAAGACUGUAAAAGUACUUGGGCUCCCUCCCCUUUGCGAACUAGAUAACUUCAUUUGAUUACUAUUAGUUGUUAGUUCAGUUAGAAAGCAAUUGAUAAUUGUUAUACAACUUGAACGAAGUGAUACUACCCGCAGCAAAGCGCGGGAUUUCUAACUAGUGAAUAGCAUUGCCCUGCUUUUAUUUAUCUUCAACUUUUUACUUAAACCCCCAGACCAAGAAAAAGAAGCCUUUCACUUAAACCUCAAAAUGCUCCACCUGGUAAAACCCCUCCGCCCCCAUCUCCGCCAUCUACGGUUGGCCCACUUCAAGGCCCCAAAGCCCCCAAAGCCGCCGGAAUCCCCUCUGAAGCCGCCAAACCCUCCCCAGAAGCCCGAAACCUUCACCCUCCACGAUCACACGUGGCAGGACCCCUACAGCUGGAUGUCCAAGCUCAACGACAAGGUCGCCAUGCGACACAUGGACAUGUACAUGGAACAAGAAGACAAGUACACCGAAGCUGUCAUGUACGGCACCGACCGCCUCCAGAGCAAGCUCCAGUCUGAGAUGGCCUCCCGCUUAUCCUUCGACCUCUCCACUCCUCCUCUCAAAUUCGGACCAUGGUUGUACUACCGGCGCGUGGAGGAAGGUAAGCAGUUUCCGGUGCUGUGUCGUCGACUCGCGAGUUUACACGACGAGUUCAUUUCUCAUAAGUCGCCUUCUGCUGGGUUUGAUUUUACUUCCGGUAAGAGAAUUGAGCAGAAGCUGAUUGAUUACAAUCAAGAAGCUCAAAGAUUUGGAGGUUAUGCAUAUGAAGAAUUAUCGGAAGUUUCGCCGGAUCAUCGGUUUAUUGCUUAUACAAUGUAUGAUAAAGACAAGGACUUGUUUAGGUUGUCUGUUAGGAACUUGAAUUCUGGUGCAUUGUGUAGUAAGCCUCAAGCGGAGCGUGUUUCGAAUUUGGCUUGGGCCAAAGACGGGCAGGCAUUGCUUUAUGUUGUUACCGAUCAGAACAAGCGGCCAUAUAGGAUGUAUUGUAGCAUGAUUGGAUCGACUGAUGAGGACGUUUUGGUUUUUGAAGAAUCGGAUAAUAAUGUGUUUGUCAACAUUAGACACACGAAAGAUUUCCGGUUUGUGACUGUAAAUACCUUCUCUACCGCGUCUUCCAAGGUCUUUUUGAUAAAUGCAGCUGAUCCAUUGUCGGGGUUGAACUUAGUUUGGCAGUGUGAAGGUAUAGCGCAUUGCGUACUUGAGCAUCACCAAGGAUAUAUUUUUCUGUUUACAGAUGCUGCGAAAGGAGGGCAGUCAGUUGAUAACCAUUAUCUCCUUCGUAGUCCUGUGGAUUCUUCGAGCAGUCCAAGAAUAUGGGAGGAUGUAUUCGUCAGUGACCCAGACUGGGUUUUUGAGGAUGUGGAUUUCAGUCAUACACACUUGGUACUUAAUAUAAGGGAAGGGCGAAACUUUAGACUUUGUUCUGUUGCUUUACCUUUGCCUGCUGGGAAGGGACCAGUUCAUCUAAAAGAGCGUCACCCACAAUUCUUGCCUCUUCCAAAAUAUGUUUCGCAAAUUUCACCUGGACCAAAUUAUGACUACCAUUCAUCAAAGAUGCGCUUUACAAUAUCGUCACCUGUGAUGCCAAAUGCUGUGGUUGAUUAUGACCUGUCAAAUGGAAACUGGAAGAUCAUUCAACAGCAGAAUAUUCUUCAUGAAAGAACAAAGGUUUUGUAUGGAACAACUUCUUCAGCAAGCAUCAGCGAGAAAACCUUAAAUACAGAUAAUUUGAAUUCUGCAAAUGAAGUCAGCCCUGAUGAUCAGCAGUUGUGGAAUGAUCUUUCUGAGUUUUAUGCUUGUGAACAGCAUAAUGUCUCUUCUUAUGAUGGAGUCUUGGUUCCAUUGACUGUUGUAUACUCUUGCAAAAACAAGAAAGAGGAUCAGAACCCUGGAUUGCUUCAUGUGCAUGGAGCUUAUGGUGAGCUACUCGAUAAAAGGUGGCGCAGUGAGUUGAAAAGCCUUCUUGAUCGUGGUUGGAUGGUUGCCUAUGCUGAUGUUAGAGGUGGAGGCGGUGGAGGUAAGAAGUGGCAUCAUGAUGGAAGAUGUACAAAGAAGAUUAAUUCCAUCAAGGAUUUUAUAGCCUGUGCCAAUUUCCUUGUUGACAAAGAAAUUGUCCAUGAAAAAAAGCUCGCUGCUUCAGGUUAUAGUGCUGGAGGACUUGUAGUUGCUUCAGCCAUCAAUCAAUGCCCACAUUUGUUUACUGCUGCAGUUUUGAAGGUUCCAUUUUUAGAUGCAACGAGCACUCUUCUCUAUCCCAUUAUACCGCUCACAGCCGUUGACUAUGAAGAGUUUGGAUACCCUGGGGACAUUAAUGAUUUUCAUGCUAUACGUGACUAUUCUCCAUACGACAAUAUUCAGAAGGAUGUUCUCUAUCCAGCUGUAUUGAUAUCCUCGUCUUUCAAUACACGUUUUGGAGUGUGGGAAGCUGCAAAAUGGGUUGCACGAGUUCGUGAACUUACAGUUUAUGACCCAAAGCGUCCAAUACUGCUUAAUUUGACAACAGACAUAGUAGAGGAAAACAGGUACCUCCAGUGCAAGGAAUCGGCACUAGAGACUGCAUUUCUUAUAAAGGCAAUGGAAUCGUAGAGACUGCAGUUUUUACUCACUACUGAAUCUGUUGGUCAGCAACACAGAAGCUAGCUGUUGGCAGGAGCAUUUUUUUGGUCCAUGAAUUUAGACCCUCAAAUUAUGUAGGGUUGUUAGUUUGUCCUAGUUUAGUUUUGCAUGCUUCACACGUGCCGAACUAAAACUUGAAUCUCAAACGGAUUUUCAUUUCAAAUGUGGCUCCUAAUUUCAUAUCCCAAUAUUUGGGAGUCCUAAUCUCCAAACUAAUUAUAUAUUUUCUCAAAUUUAAAAAUUUACUAUUUGUUGAUUGA